CAGGGCUGAAGUAAUACUAUGGUCUAUCCAAAUCGCCUGGACUGUCAUUCAUGUGCCCCUUCCGAUCUCUUUUUGCUCUUGCCUAGGCAUACCUUGUAACUUGUCGGCUCAGGUAGGCUAAGGUGACUUUACUAACGAUUUCAACGGAGGGUGGGUGAGAUCGACUGUGUCAUCCCACUUAGCUUGGUUAACUGCCUUCGGCUUUCUUUCGGCUGGAACACUGGUGCCGCCUGGCAGUCGUCAAAAUGGCACCUGUGAAAGUCGAGGAGAGGGACAAGGAAGCGAAGGAAGCGAAGGAGGAGAAUGAGGCAAAGGAGGGGAAAGAAGAGACGGAGGAAAGAGUGAUUAGGCAGAGACGUGGGAGCGACAAGAGAACGCAAAAGAAGCCAAAGAAAACAGGUGCCAAAGAGAUCCUGAGCGCAGCCUUGCAGACGGAAUUCACAAACCCCGCCGCGGCCCAAGAGUUCGAGAGCCGGUAUAAGGAGAAAAUGAGGAAAAAACCUGGCAACCAAAUAUUCCAUGUCUUGGCGAAGAGUAGCAGCUUGCCCGAGAAUAUGCAGUGGCCGGACAGGAAGGUCAAGGAGUUCCUCGACUGGGCACUGGAGAGACAUCAUGCCCUCCUGGAGGUCAAGAAUGAUGAUCAAUACACACCGCUUCACUUGGCUCUCAUGGACCGCAACACUACCUUCGUCGACGCAGUGUUGCUGAAUUCUAAGCUGAUCAAUCUUGCUGCCGUCCUGCUUGAGACGUGUCAAUAUGGGAAUUCACUGCAUGUAGCCAUUAAGUACAGGCUACCUUCGAUAAAACUCAUGGUCGAAAAAAGCGCCCAAAUCAAUAAAAUGUUCGAAAAGGGACAGCCCGAGACCGGCAACACACCUCUCCAUGCCUGCAUGUCCAUGGAUAUGGAUGAACACGAUGACGACAGCGACGUCGAAAGCGAGUUUGAUGAUGACGACGACGAAGAUAGCCAGAGUCACAGUCUCCCUGACCCAGACCACGAGUCGGAAACUCCCAUUGCAGACGAGCACCACCACCACCACCAAGAACUAAAGAACUUGGGCUGGGUUCCGAUUGAGAAUGGCCUAGGGAAGCGCAAGCCAACCCAUGUGGAGUUAAAGCAUCCAACUACCACAGGGCGCCGAGAAAGCCAUGCGCUUCCGCUGCAACGUGCGCAAUCUUUCAUGGUACCUACAAUUACUGAGUCUACCUCCCGAUCUAUUCAGCUCGUCCAGCUUCUCAUCCAAAAGCACCACGCUAUCCUGUGGCAACACAAUACGGCGAAGCGGACACCCUACCAGGAAAGAAUUCACCGACUGCGGACGUCGAAAGCCAUUGAGAAUGAGUUGGCAAAGGCUGAGAAGACUGGCCUCGAAGACAAAGCCGCGGCUCGAGAGGAGCUUUUACAGAGAAUCGUGGCUAAGGACCCCAUUGCUUCAUACAUUCGAUCCUACUGCGUGAAGGAGUUCCCCCGGGACCGGAUUAUGGCAUGUCUCUAUCAACCUGGCCAAGAACGGCAUAUUGAAUUUGACUUGGGAGGAUUGCCGCAUCCUACCAUCUCAGAAGACUAUCUUGAUCGAUUAUCGAAGCAUCUCCAAUUUGAGAGUAUCAUGAAAUAUGUUGCAUUACCAAAAAUAACCAUGGAGUCUCCUGCAAUGGUUCGGAAGAAAAAAAGGGGCGAGCAACCACCCCAUAGACGUGGCCUUUCCGAUCUUGUAGCAGUUUUCAAUUGGUUGCGCAGAAACCAUGUUGAAAAGAUUGUCAAAAUCAUGGUCAUCGACGAUGGGGAUCCGUCGCAUGCAGAUGCUAGUAUCGAAGAAGCUCUAGAGGGCUUCGGUAUCGAGAUAUGGGACUGGAAGAGACUGGAUCUAAGUACCGAGGUGAUUUGUAAAUCAACGAAAGUCGUCCAAGAGAUAUCUCUUUACUCUUCCGGGAAUAACGCUGUAUUGAUGGGGUGGGCAAGUCCACAGGGGUUGCCAAACAAGACAAAGUUCCCCGACCUCAAAAAAGUAAACCUUUUUAUCCGAGAGGGCCAAGAAGAUCAACAGCGGUUGAUGACGUAUAUCAACAGCUUCAAAAACACAAUUAAGCGCGAGACCAAUGAUAGAGUUAAGGUGCAUCACAUCCUGGACAACAAAGAUGUUAGCUACGCGUCUGAGCUCAAGAGCACUGAAGGCCACCUACAGCCGGAAACCCCGUGGAUCGACUGCGUAGUAAGCUUUGCCAGGCUCCUGCGCAGAGCACCAGGCGCCCGCAGCGUCCACCCCGUCAAGAUCGCGAUCAUCGACGACGGCGUGGAUGCGUCGCUGAUCAGGCUCGACGGAAAGAUUGCUAUCGGAAAGUCGUUCUGCCCGUAUGCCAACUCGACCGACCUUAUGAGCCCGUAUUAUGUCCCGUCAGGUAACCACGGGACGUGCAUGGCGACACUCAUCAGCAAGAUAUGUCCUGAGGUGAGCCUGUACGUUGCUAGACUAGACGAGCGGCAGGCCGUUAGAGGCAGCCAACGGCAAAUUACUGCUAAGUCUGCUGCAGAUGCAAUUCGCUGGGCUACAGACUGUGGCGUCGAUAUCAUCUCCAUGAGUUGGACAAUCGAGACGCCCGUGACCGGCAAUGACGACAUGGAGAGCCUCAAGACGGCUGUGCGGGACGCCACGGGAAAUGAUAUCCUUAUGUUCUGCUCGACGAGCGACCAGGGUAGCAGCACAAAGGACAACUGCUAUCCAGGUGACUUUCCGGGCUGCAUCAAGAUCGGCGGAGCGACCAAUACGGGCGAGGCGCUGGCCUGGGUCAACGCCGAUAAAGUUGACUUCCUGCUCCCAGGUAAGAACGUACCCUUCGACAACAACGAGGGUAAGGUCAUCUCGUACGAGUCUGGCAGUUCCGUCGCCACCGCUGCCGCCUCAGGUCUUGCGGGCCUACUCAUGUUCUGCAGCUGGCUGCUUAAGGAGGAUAACAAAUCCUUCCAGGACCAGAAGAACAUGGAUGAGGCAUUCAAGGCACUGGCUCAGCAAACCAAGUUCCCCCGCAUGCAGGAGGUCUUCGAGCAGCGGUUCAAGCAGGCAUUAGCGAAGCUUGAGCCGCCAAAUCCGGACCAGAAGUUGAAGCAGCCGCCCCCAGAGUAUGAUAUUUCGACUAUGUCAUGGGACGAUAAUUGCAAAGAGGCCCUCGAUACUGUGAUGGGGUGGAUUCUACCGACUAAUUAAGUCCCCUCUGGACAAGAGCUAAUGAGUAAUAGGAACUUCACAGUCAAAUUAUGGAGUUCUUACUGACUGAGAUACCUGCGUCCAGCGAUGGAAAUGACACGUAGGUGCAGAAAGCGUGACAAAAUCGUCUAGUCGCCGUUUUAGUAGCUAGGAAACUAUAUAUCUGGCUUUAAUCUCUCUUGUGCUAGCCUAUCCUGUUCUAUUAUCUUUCUUGUGCCUGUCCAUGUUCCCCCAGCUCACGUCACCAAAGCAUGCUAGUUGCAUGAGCAGUGCAUGGAG